UAACACACAAUAAAAGCCAUGUUGCCUAACAACUGUCAGACAAGAGGGGAAACUUUAGACUUCAGAUAUAUUUAUUUAUUUCGUAGAAGACCAUCCCCGCCCCCAGAAUAAACGUACAAGCGCCUCUGUUUUCCACGCCUUCAAAAGCACGGAAAACGCCAAGAAAUCCGAGAUUUUCACCGGAUGCAUGAUGUCUUUUUCGCUCGGAACACGCUCGACGAUUACAGCAGCUAUGAUGAGUUAUGCGUGUGAUAAAAUGGUGGCUGGAAACAGUAUGAUCAAAGGUGAUCUGCCCAGGUGAGGUGGCAUGGUCCAUACAGAUAUGGAGGUGGGAAGUCUGCCUGUUGAACUAUGGCGCCUCAUCCUGGCAUACCUGCCUCUCCCAGACCUGGGCCGCUGCUGUCUAGUGUGCAGAGCCUGGCGUGAACUCAUUCUGAGUUUGGACAGCACGCGCUGGCGCCAGCUCUGUCUGGGAUGCCCCGAAUGUCGCCACCCGAACUGGCCCCGUCGUCCCCACCUGCCUCCACCCUCCUGGAGGGAGGCUCUCCGUCAGCACUCUCUCGCCAGUUGCACCUGGACCCAGAAUGGCUCUGAGCUCCACUCGUCCGCUUGCCUCCAUCUUUUCCGGCGAAGGAAAGAUCGCAGGGUUUGGCACGUUGGCACAGUAGCAGGGGGUGGUUAUGAGACGCUAAGGGGGGCCUUGGCUGCGGCAGGGCCGUACGAUAAGGUGGUGCUUCAUGCGGGUGUGUAUGAGGAACAGCUGGAGUUGGCUCUCAAAGUGCCGGUGGAGAUUGUUGGAGUGGGGAAGUUGGGGGACGUGUCGUUGUUGGGUUGUUUUGACCAGCAGUGCCCGACAGCGAGGCUGUGUAAUUUAGUGUUCAUGCCAGCGUGGUUUUCACCUGUGGUUUAUAAGACGUCCUCGGGUCAUGUCCAGCUGGACAACUGUAACUUCGAGGGCUGUCAACUGCACAUCAGGGGGCCCGGAACAUGUCAGGCCCGCUUCUGCUCCUUUGCCCAGGGAAGCUCUGCCCACUUUCUGGGUGUGGCCAUCAGUUUAAUGGACAGCUGUGAAUUCUCAGGGGGAGAUUCCGCUUCUGUCACUGUGGAAGGUGCUCCGGUCUCUGAACGUAACUGGGCGUACAAGCACCUGGUCGCUUUGGCCAAGACCUUUACCGUGAUGACUAAAAAUGCAUCUACUGAACGAACCAAACAUGAGGGAAAGGACACCUCAGAAACGGAUAGUCCUGGAGACACAACCUUAAACACGAUGGAGGACUGGAAUAAACAGGAAAUAGAUUGGGAAACCAACUGGACGAAACUGAAAAAAGGAGAUAAUCUCAUUCCAGGUCAGGACGGCACGGUUAUUGAUGAAGAUGGUAUGGAAACAUCAAGUGAAUCAAGCGAGGAAGAAGAAAAGGAUAGCGAGAAAAACACAGCCUUUAAACUUUCAUAUGAGCAACAUGGACUGGCGCAUCUCUCCAAACCACGUUUACCUGAUUCGUCUGCUUUUCCUGAACUGUUGAAUCUGUCUAGCGAGCUGCAUAGGGAUGCAGAGGCACGGGAAUUGGCCGCAUCGGUUCAAGGCUGCCUGUUGCGUCACUGUCUGCUGCGGGACGGAAAAGGUGGCGUGCACCUGUGCAAUCACGGUCAAGCUCGACUGGAGGCCAAUGUGUUCAGAGGACUCAACUAUGCAGUGCGCUGCAUCCAGAAUGCCAAAAUGGUAAUGUUGCGUAAUGAAGUGUGUGGGUGCAAGGCGUCUGGUGUGUUCCUGCGACUCUCUGCCCAAGGUCUCAUUGCAGAGAACAACAUUCACUCGAACGGAGAGGCAGGACUAGACAUCCGCAAAGGGGCCAACCCUGUCAUACUGUGUAACCGAAUCCACAGCGGCCUGCGUUCCGGAAUCGUUGUCCUGGGCAACGGGAGAGGUUCCAUUCGCAGCAACCAGAUCUACGGCAACAAGGAAGCUGGCGUGUAUAUUCUUUUUAACGGCAAUCCUGUGGUCAGUGGAAAUCACAUUUUCCAGGGGCUUGCAGCAGGCAUCGCUGUCAAUGAGAAUGGAAGAGGACUGAUCACUGAGAACGUUAUUAGGCAAAAUCAAUGGGGAGGUGCUGACAUCCGUCGGGGAGGAGAUCCAGUCCUGCGCAAUAACUUCAUCUGCUAUGGCUAUUCGGAUGGUGUGGUGGUGGGAGAGAGAGGGAGAGGUCUCAUUGAAGGCAACCACAUAUAUGGUAACAGAGGCUGUGGGGUGUGGGUAAUGUCAUCUAGUCUACCUCAGCUCAUCGGGAACUACAUUACUCAUAACCGCAUGUACGGGCUGGCCGUGUUCUGCCGGAAGGAUGCAGAGUCGACAGUGAGCCGAGACGGCUAUCGAGAGCGAGGAGUGAUGGUAGGAGAGAGGGACAGAGGAGGGCCGGAGAACUUCAACGAGGAAGGGGAGCUGAUGGCGUGGGAAAGCGACAUUGACAGCGAGGACGAGCGAUUCUCCUCCCGUCGACCAAUCACAGUUGCUUUAGUGGAAAACAACUGCAUGAGUCACAAUGGAGUGGUUGGAGUCUAUGUGAAGAGCAGCGAGCCUCUGAACGUGGUUGCUAACAUGGUAAACAAUAACAGAGGAGCUGGCGUGUCAAUCAUUCAGAGCGCUCAGCUGACUCGUUUAGUCGGCAACUGCAUGCUCGGUAACGGCUGGAUGGGCGUGAUCGUGGACCGAGAGUGCCGGGUGGAGCUCCGCGGCAACGGCAUCUAUAGCAACGGCUGCCAUGGUGUCUGUUUCCGAGGCGAUGGGCUGAUUGUGGAAAAUGAUGUGGUUGGAAAUAAUUCUGUUGGGAUACGAGUGAUGGACAACACGGAUGUUAAAGUGUUGAGGAAUCGUGUUCAGGCAGUGCGGGGUUAUGGGAUUUCUGUGAAGGAGCGGGUGCGUGGUGUGGUGCAGGAAAAUUUGGUUUAUCAGGGUCACCCUACGAAUACUAAAGCCCCCAUACGAACUACCCCACGGAACCAGGAGUGUGUUGUACUUAACAAUUCCCUGCUCACCCCCAGAUCACAAAUCCUUUGGGCUUUGGAAAAUCCACCUCCCCGUCCUCACAACACUAACCUUUCUAGCGUCUCUCCCUCAACAAACCCCGCUCACCUCGCCAUCACCAUGACAAACAGAAUCACUGCCUCCGUUGAAAGCGGUUGCCAUAACAAUGGCAGCAUCUUCUGCUCUAUUCUAUGAGGAACAGGGUUCCAUGGCUUCAGAUUGACAUUUAUAAAACCGAGCCCCCGAUGUGACCCCCAAACCACCUGGAAACCAUGUAAUGAUUUCUAGGAAACCGCUCAGUCGUGCUGGGUUCAGAUGAACAAUCAAAACAUUUUAACGCAUAACUGGAUUAAGCCUCAAUUGCGUGUUGUUGCUCAAAAAGCACUUGGAACUACUUUACAAUAUUACGUUUAACCAAAGGUAGGUAGUUUGGUCCUUCUGAAUCAAACUAUGAAGGGUUAUGACCACUUUUUUCUGUUACAAAUCCACUUCGAUCUGAAGAGAAGCUGGUCUGGGAUCAGUGUUUGCUGCAGCUCUUACUAUUUUGAUCACGCACCUGAAGUCUAAUUCGAUUGUGCACAUUUGUGUUGGGAAUAUCAGACUGGCUUACAUCUCAAUUUUCUGAGACAGACUGUGUCAUAAAGAACUGAUGGAACCAAUUUACCAUCAAAUCAAGGUACUUGACUGCUUCUGGUUCUAAAUCAUACAUACUUUCAUAAUACAUACUGAUUUAUCUGCACAGUGAAAUUAAUGGGAUGGUUCACUCAAAAAUGAAAAUUCAUCCUUGUUUUUACACCCGUGUCAUUCCAAACCUGACUUUCUUCAAAGGUAUUUUGAAGAAUGUUGGAAACCGAACAACACUGGCCCCCAUUGACUUCCAUUGUAUGGACAAAACACUGAAACAUUUCUCAAAAUAUCUUAUUUUCUGUUCUACAGAAGAAAGAGUCAAUAACAGGUUUUGAAUGACAUGAAGGGUGAAUAAAUGAUGACAGAAUUUUCAUUUUUGGGUGAACUGUCCCUUUAAAGCCUUGUUUUAUAACUUCAGCCGUAAACACAAAUUCAAAAGGGAGAAAGAGACUUUACACCUGAUUUUCUUGCUGUUCUCCCAAAAGAGUAGAACCAGUGCCGCAAAUAGAAGAUAAACAGACUUGUGCACCUUGGGAAUUCUGGUCCUGCUGCUUCUGCUGCAAUGAAUAAAACCAUGACUGCGCUCACUGGAGUCACAAAGAUGGAGCGGGUGAUUGUCAUGUUCACUCGUAUCACAUCACAUACUCAGCUAAUCUAUUGAAAUAUUUUUGUGAACAUUAUUGAAUGGUUGACCCAGCCUGAACUGACGGAUGCUGGAAUUUUUAUUUUUGGGUGAACUGUCCCUUUAAGUCAAUAAGUGUACACUGUCUAAAGUAAUCUUUAGCUUCAGAUGUGAACAUUUAAAAAAUACAAAGACUUUAAGUAUGUAAAUAAAGAUAAAGAGAUACUAAAAACAAUCCAGACCUAGUAAGAUCAGUCUUAAAAGCAAUGCUUCUCAAGUAGUCAAGUAGAAGGGAAACUCAAAGCUUGAAGAUAAGUUAGUUUUGACCCCAUGGCUACUAUCAUACUAUUUACUGAACACAACAUACUGCCUAAACAUAGUAGAAACAGUAGUUAUUAUUUCUGUGCAAUUGCAAAUAGUGAGAUACUAUGAUGUAUUACCUCAUCAUGUUGCACAUUAAGUGGUGCCACUCAUCAUCCUGGCAAUAUUUUUUUUUACAUUUCUGGUAGCUCUUACAUUUGUAAAUAUUGCAAUAUUUACAAAUAAAUAAUUUUGCUACAUUCACUUGUAGUUCAUCACACUAAAUUGUCAUGUUGAGUGCAUUGCGAUGUAGCAUGAUCUGUUGUAUACUUCACAUUCUGGCAAAUGUAGUAGGUCAUCAGGUUAUUAUACUGUUUUAAUUGUAAAGUGCAAUAUGUAUCUACUAAAAUGUGCCUAUUUUUACAGUAUUUUUUUUAAUCUUAUGUGCAGUACAAAUAUAAUAUUUCUAUCAUUUUUUGGCAUCGUGAUUUGUGUGAUCUGUUUUUGGACAAAACAUUUUCUAUUACUUAAAUUUACUUUUGAUAAACAAGUCAUCCUGUCUCAGCCAACAAUAGUAUUUAGUGUUAAGGAUUACAAAUACAACAUAUCAACUUCAAUCAUAUUAUACAUAUUGGUACACCAUAGUAUUUACUAUAGACGGUUUCAUCGGAUGCACGCGCCUGCCAUGAAGUUAACUUCCGGUCUGUGUUUGGUAU